AUGUUCUUGCCCGACAUGCGGCUCUCCACGCUCAAGAGCCUGCCGCCGCUCAAGUCCUGGCCGGACCCGCCCGAGCGCACCCUAGAGCCGGGACAAGUCCCGGCGUACGUGAUAGACUACGCCCCCCUGGUGUAUCUGUACUCUGAGGAGCGGUACAUGCCAUACAACAUUGCGGAGUUUGUGACGCAUUUCCACGCGGAGCUCGCCAACGGCACGAAACUGGACCAGUUCGGCUCCUCGCUCAACCUCUCCGCCUUGGAGGCCCUGCAGAGAUACCAUUCUCCGGUGAAUCCCGUGUACAUGACGGCGAACGAGGACUUCGACAAGGACCCCGGGUGGAUCACGGGAGCCAGAAACAGACCCAACUUCUACACGGGAGAGCUGUCGGACGUGCCUGCUACGCUCGUUGUUGUGGACAAGGGCAACGGCUGGGUUGACGCGUACUGGUUCUACUUCUACUCUUUCAACGAGGGCCCGUACGUGAUGGGCACCGGGCCGUUCGGAGACCACGUCGGCGACUGGGAACACUCGCUCGUGCGCUUCUACAAGGGCGAGCCGGUGAUUGUGUGGAUGAGCGCACACGGAGGCGGCGGAGCGUAUUUCUACACGAACCUCGAGAAGCUGGACCAGCACCCGGUGAUUUUCGCUGCGCGCGGAACACACGCCAACUACGCGUCCACGGGACAGCACGCACAUGACCUGCCGUACUCGAUCCUGGCGGACUUCACCGACAGAGGCCCGCUGUGGAACCCGUCGCUCAACUUCCUGGCCUACACGUACGACGGCGAGACAGUGGAGUAUGCGAACGGGUCGCACCCGGGCCGCGAGGAGCAACUGGGCAACUGGCUCUACUUCAUGGGCUACUGGGGCAACAAGAAGCUGCCUCCGUCGGACCCGCGCCAGCGGUGGUCUCCGUUCGAGUGGAAGUACAUCGACGGGCCGUGUGGGCCGCUGUGCAAGAACCUGCUGCGGAUCUCGCCGUGCCAGCGGGCCAAGUGGUGGAAUUUCUGGAACGGUUGCAACAUACGGCGAUACAUCAAGUACGGCAACGGGUAUUUCGAGUCCGAGGGAAACAACAGCUGCGGAAACCUGUACAACAAGAUACGGCCGCGCAUUUUGCAGAAACUGGUGAAGAUUCUGACGUUUGGGGGCUAUUUUUGCUGGGUGAUGGAUGUGAUAUACGGAUAA